UUCAUUUAAAUAUGUAAAGCCAAACUAGAAGAAAUCAAGUCAUUCGUGAAAAGGGUCAACAAUCCACACCCUGGUGCAGGUAUCUUGUGCACAAUAGGUGGGGAAAGGCAAACACACAGCGUGGAUGAGGAAUUGACAAAUAAACUUGUUAGGAAACUUUAACAGGGAGCAGGAGAUCACUAUCCGGAGGCAACUAAGGACUCUGCAUCAGCGACAUCAAAGGACUACAACAUGGCUACAUUCAGGGCAAUCUCGCGUGAGGGCCAUGCAGCUAUGAGUAUGCGGGACGGUUCAGACCGGUGGAUUCUGAUCCAGCAGAACACUUUCACUAACUGGGUAAACGAACAGCUCCGGGUGUCGGGGAUAGAGACCACUGAGUUUAUUAAGGACCUAGGAACUGAUUUUGAUACUGGUGUUAAACUAUGUCAGUUGGUUGAGAGUCUGCAGGGUAAGAAAAUUGGGCGGAUCAUUAAAAAGCCCAUGAACCAUCAUCAGCAGCUAGAAAAUGUCACCAUAGCGCUAACUGCCAUCGCCAACGACAAUGUGAGAUUGGUGAAUAUCGGUCCUGAGGAUAUUGUGAAUGGAAACUUGAAACUCAUUCUGGGACUGAUAUGGCACCUGAUUCUGCGGUACCAGAUUGGAAAGACGAAGUUCCCUACCAAGAAAUUGAUGAUAGCCUGGCUCCAGGCAGUCAUCCCAGAGUGCGGAAUCGGAAACUUUACCACUGACUGGAAUAGUGGAAUUGCCCUCCAUGCCUUGAUAGACUACUGCCGACCAGGAUUGUACCCCAAUUGGAGGCAGAUAAGUAGGAGUGAUGGGCUUAACAAUUGUAAAAAUGCUAUGGAGCUGGCCAAAAGGGAGUUUGACAUUCCUCUGGUGGUACGACCUGAGGAUCUGUCAAGCCCCGACCUUGACGAGCUGUCUGGCAUGACCUACCUCUCCUACUUCAUGAAAGUGGACUCUCCCGGUUACCAUGCCACCAUGUCUAUGGUCCGCAAGCUUCUCAAACAUGGAAACGUCACAAAUUUCACAACUGACUGGUCAGAUGGACGAUUGCUCUGUAAUCUUUGUGUGUCGCUUGGUGCAAGCGUGUCUGGAUGGCCCACAUUGACUGGAAAUUCGAUUGAAAACCAGGGACUAGGAAUUCAAGCUGCCCAGAGAUUGGGCGUGGAGCCCAUUCUAACAGCCAAGGAAAUGUGUGACCCCGAAGUAGACCACAUUGGCAUCAUGGCAUAUGCUGCUUAUUUCAACCGAUUUAAACCUAUCAGGUCACCUGCUGAAAAAGUUGUCAUGGAUAUGCAACCUAAAAACUGCUAUAUCGGAAUCAUUUCCACGUUCACUGUGAGGAUUGAGGAUGAUGAAGUCUCGAGCAGCGGUGUCAGUGCUGAUCUAAAGGGCCCCGAUUCUAACCCUCCGGUCACAUUCUCCUGGAGUGGCAGGGUGGGCACGGCUUCAUUCACGCCAACGGAAACCGGCAUUCACAGGCUUAAUGUGUAUUGUGAGAACCAGUUAAUUGUGGGCUGUCCCAUUUCAUUCAAAGUUUUGGCUGACAGAUCAAAAGUGACAUUUUCUUCUAUUGAUCACUGUGCAGUAGGAAUGAUUACAGAGCUAAAGGUGAAUUCCCAGUAUGCUGGGCAAGGUGACGUUCAGGUUGAAGCCCGGGCCCCAGGUGGGAGAGUCCAAAAUCUACACACAGUCUAUCGCAACGGAGACUACAUCAUUAAUUUUACUCCCUCUGAAGUUGGUGUCUGGCAGGUGUCUGUACAUUAUGAAGGGGAUCACAUCAGUGGGAGUCCAUUCAACAUUAAAGUAUUUGAUCCCAAUGCUGUACGAGUGUUUGGAUUGGAGGGAGGAACGGUGGGAAUGGGACUCAACUUCACAGUGGAUACAUCAGAGGCAGGAGAGGGAGACUUGAGGGUCACAGUGACCCACGAUUACCAACAAGUCCCAGCAUACAUCACUCACCAGAGGGCAGGAUUGUAUCGAGCUGACUUCACACCAGAGGGCGCUGGCACUUACAGGGUCAAUGUCUUCUACAAUGACAUUGAAGUCAGGGGUUCUCCAUACACCCUGGACAUUGUGGACUCUGGAAGAGUGACGGUCAGUGGUGAUGGACUGAGUCUGGUUCCGGUCAACAGAACCGCUAAAUUUGUUGUGGACACACAAGGGUCAUCAUCUGGCAAGGUCAAUGUAGAAAUAACAGCUCCUUCAGGGAAAAGUGUUUUGAAAAAAAUAGAACCAGUGGGAAAAGGAAAAUUCCAGGUGGAAUAUAAUCCCUUGGAGACAGGUGACCAUCAAAUAAUGGUGCAUUACUGUGAUCAGGUGGUGAAGGGAGCACCAUUCUUCUGUAAAGUGUACGAUGCUGGGCAAGUCAUCGUGUCUCACAUGCCGUCUCACACCACGGUCAACCAGCCAGUAUCAUUCAACAUUGAUGCUUCCGAAGCAGGUUCAGGCAACAUUGAAAUCAUGGUCAAUAAGGGUCGUAUUGCGUGUAAUGUUCAGAACCUUGGAAGUUACAAAUUCUUGGCCUCCUUUGUUCCCACAAAAGCAGAGAGACACAACGUGGAGAUGAAAUUUAACAACCUUCCCGUGAUUGGAUCUCCUUGGCAAGUUCAAGUGACAGACCCCAAAUCAAUCUCGGUUGUUGGCACAGGAAUAGACUUCAUUCUUGUUAAUAGAAAAACAAACUUUGUUGUGAAUUGUGGGGAAAAUAUGUCCGAAAAUAUUUAUGUGUCAAUCACAGGGCCCAGUGGUCAGUCAGUGCCUUGUGAUGUUUCUAGUGGAGAGCAGGGUCAAACCGUGGAAUAUGUCCCAACAGAAGUCGGGGAUCAUAAGAUUUCCAUCAUGUACAGAGACACAGAGAUUGAGGGCAGCCCAUUUACAGCCAAGGCCUAUGAUACAUCAGCCAUCAUGGUCUCUCCACUCCAAGAUGGGCUAGUCGGUUCACCUGUGGAGUUCACAAUUGAUGUAACAAGAGCAGGGGAAGGCCAGUUAGAAAUCAUGGUCAAUGAUGGAAACCUACGUAAUUCGGUGGACAUGGAGCGCACCGGAGUGUACAGAAUUACCUUCACCCCCCAGGAGGCAGGCAGACAGUACGUCAACAUCAACUUUAACAGCGAAGGAGUACCAGGUUCUCCAUUAUCUUGUGUUGCUGUGGAUGUUGCUGGUGCUGCAAUCACUGGUCUAAAGACGACACUUCCUGCCAACAAACUCACAGCAUUCACCAUAGAAACGCCCUCUGCUGGGGUCUCAGAGUUCAGUGCUGUUGUCGACAUCACAAGUCCAUCGGGAGAAAAAAUCCCAGCUACUGUGACUAGCACGCCUGUUGAUGGACAACAUGUUGAAUUCGUCCCCAGAGAAGUGGGGGAAUAUACCAUCCAGGUUUUCUGUGGAAAAGAUGAAAUCUGUGGUGGUCCACACUACGUGAAUGUUUUUAACCCUAAAAGUGUCAUCAUCAAUAACAUGCCAUUCCACUGCUUUCUGGGAGAGAAGUGCACAUUCUUAGUGGAUGCUUCUAAGGCUGGUGGGGGUAUUUUGGAGGUGGCCAUUCUGGCCAAUAUGAAUCAUGUUCCCCAUACACUGGAGGACCUGGGAAAGGGGAUUUACGAGAUCAGUUUUGUUGGACAGGAAGCAGUGCGACACAGGGUCCAUCUGACAUUCAAUGAGAUCUACAUCCCAGGUAGCCCUUUUUGGAUUGAAGUGUUGGACGAGUUGGAAUUUGUCAUGGAUGAAUUCAGUCGCCAGCAAUUUUUUGCCAUCUACCAAUCAGCAGGAUUUACUUUCCACGGUCCCAGUGGUCUGAGUGAUCAAUUCAAGGUGUCCAUUGAAGGUCCAUCUGGUAAGAAAAUUGAUGCAAAGAUUCGAGAAUCCAGCUCCAAGUCAUACUUUAUCGAGUUCGAACCACUGGAAGUGGGCAGCCAUCUUGUUCAGGUGUACUUUAAUGGCAUGAUGUUGAAGAACUUUCCCUAUGUGAUUAAGGUCUAUGAUGCUGACAAAGUGAAGGUGAUCAGACCUGACAAAUCUGUGGUGGAUGAGCGUAUUAAAAUUCUGAUUGAUGUCAGUCGUUCUGGGGAGGGGGAACUAGAAAUGAUUGUGGAGUGUGAUGGAGAAACCUUACCCAGUGAGAUGAAGGAGAUGGAGAGAGGCAGGAUCGAGGCUUUCUUUAUACCAAGACGUGCCGGGGUUCACAAGAUCAGCAUGACAUUUAACGGGGAAAAAGUUCCAGGAUCUCCCUUCAUAGUGGAUGUAGAAGGACAAAUGGUCAAAGAAGUGGCCAUCAUGGCAAAGCCAGAAUUCCAAAAAAUAAGUUUGGAAACCCGUAAUUUCCGAAUUAACCAACAGCAGUGGAUUCUUCUCCAGGCGUUUGGUUCCAGCAUUGAAGACUUUAGCCAUUUUCAAAUCAGCAUCAUAGCUCCAAAUGGGAACAGAAUUCCAGCUAGAAUUAUAUCUCAGGCAGAUGGAAGCUUUAAAGUGGAAUGGACUCCAACAUCUACAGGACGCCACACGGUGGAAGUGCAGUACGCGGGACGUCAGAUCGACGGCAGCCCAUUCUACGUUGAUGUGUUUGAUCUAGCUAUGAUCAGAGUGGAGCACUUCAAACAGGGAGGGGUUGGAGAGACAGCUUCGUUUGACAUUGACUUCAGUCAGGUGGGCAUACAGGAUUACUCGGUGGUCAUUCGAAGUCCCACCGGAAGCAUCGUAGACUAUAACUCAAUUAGUGCGCACUCCGAUGUAAGGAAGGAGAUUACCUAUGUACCAUCAGAGACAGGACAACACGAGAUCUACAUUAACUACUGUGGAUUUGAACUCCCAGGCUGCCCUGUCAUGCACAAUAUUGAGGAGGGUGGUUUGCCAACAGCCGCAGGGCCUGGUUUGUACAAAGGCCAGGAGGAUAAAGAGGCAGUAUUCUCUGUGGAUGUGGGCAAGAGGAGUGGAGAUUUGGAUAUCAAAGUGGAUGGACCAAACUCGAUCGCUAAGACAACAGUGGAAAGAUCCGGGGAAAAAUUUAUUGUGACCUACACCCCAGUGGAGGUGGGCAUCUUUAACAUUAGCAUUCUCUGGAACGGAGUCGCUAUCCCAGGAAGCCCAUUCCACCCCAAGGUGAUUGAUCCCAGGAAGGUGCGGAUCUCUGGGGGGUGGGCCCAGUACAUGGAUGGUAAUGAACGAGUUGCUCUGGUGGUGGGCGAGGAGAAACGACUGGUAUUCGACGUCUCACAGGCGGGACCUGGUUCUCUGCGGGCUGAGGUAGUGGGACCAGGCUCCACACUUCCUGUCUCUGUUACAGACAACUAUGGACAGACGGUGGUGGCAUUUGUGCCACAAGAUGAAGGAAACCAUUACAUUCACUUGCACUGGUCAGACAUAGCCCUCCCCAAUUCUCCAUUCCUCGGCUACGCAGUCCCAGGAUUCGCUGAUGCUAACAAAGUGAUCCUGACAGGACGUGGUCUGAAGGAGGCCACAGUUCGUGAGGAGGCGGACUUUGUCAUCGAUGGAUCUCAGGCAGGCCCUGACUACCGUCAGCACAGUGCCCCAGAUGUGACCUUGACUGGAGUGAGAGCAGAGAUCAAUGUGAAGGUUGUCUCCCUUGGAGGUGGCAAACACAGAUGUACAUACAUUCCAGUUGUACCUGGAGCCUAUCUUCUCCACAUUACAUGGAAUGGCCGACAGCUUCGAGGAUCACCAUAUAAAGUAAACGUCAUUGGAACAUUCUAUCCGAACAAGGUAACCGUAUCAGGGGAAGGUCUCAGGGGAGGUAUUUUGGGAAGGUCCAUGGAUGUCGCCAUCGACACUAGGAAAGCUGGCCCAGGUGAAUUAACAGCAUUCUGCAUGGGUCCAGCUAAAGCUUCAUACUGUGAAUUACAAGACAACCAUGAUGGCACUUUCGUUCUGAAAGUCAAACCACAGGAGCCUGGCAGGCAUGUUCUACAAAUCAAAUAUGGAGGAGAGCAUAUCAAUGGAAGCCCAUUUGUGCUGAAAGUAGGUGCUCAGCCUGAUGCUAGCAAAGUCAGAGUUACGGGCCCUGGUGUGGAACAUGGUAUCUUAGCAACGUACCAGAGCAGAUUCAUUGUUGAAACUCGGGGAGCAGGUGCAGGUCAGCUGACAGUCAGAAUCAGAGGGCCUAAAGGUGGAUUCCAGGUGGAGAUGUACAGAGACAGUCAGCGAGACCGGACAAUCCUGUGCCGAUUUGACCCGACUGAGACAGGCCUGUACAUCGUCAGUGUCCGGUGGUCUGGAGUAGAUGUCCCAGGGUCUCCCUUCCAAAUCAACAUCGUGGACACACAGCAGGAGCUGGAACAGGUUCUCCAUGAGGCAUCUUUCUCUCAGAGCUCCGUCACGCCACGGUCCUACGCACAGUGGAGAGAAGAGAUCUAAGCAAGGGUGGAUCUAAAGGGAUGGACUAGAUAAAGUGAGCAGAUUAUUCUGCCACAGCAUAAUAUAGUGAGAUUACAGAACACUGUUAGAUUUGAGAUAAAAUCUUAUAGCAUAUUAAUAAACAGUAAAACAGUGCACUAGUAAGUGAUAUGUAAAACAGGUCUGUGUGUAUAUCAUCAUUGUAUCGAUGGAAAAACUUCAUUAUACUGACACAAACAUUGCAAUCCAGAUUUAAUUGUUAGCAUAUGAAUACCACAACUACCGGGUAAGGGUAAGUGCACAAUAUAUAUUAUUCACUGCAGUUUUUGGGGUUUUUUUCCUCCCAUGCAGGUGUUGUGUAAUUUUGCUGUACACCUGAGCUCAAGUGUUUUUCCAGGAUGGUCUACAAGGAAAAGAUAAAAGUCUACCAGCUGUUUUAUGAUUACUUCCUGCUAGAUAAACAUGCAGUCCAAACAGAGCUCUGUUGACAUUUCAUAGUUAUUUACACAUAUCAAAAUCUAUUCAAUUUUUCAUAUACAUGUAUACAUAUAUAACACGUGGAUAUUAUAUAACUAUAUUGCUAUUUAACAAUUAUUUUUCUUUGUUAUAGCAUUUCUAUGACUUCAAUAAAGAUACAAAACUU